AUGAAGAACUUCGCUACCGUUGCAGCUUUCGCUGCUGGCGCCAAUGCCCUUGUUGGAAGGGGCAACAGCUGCUGUUUCCACCUGACUGCUUCCGGCGGUGCUUCCGGCAAUGUCGGUCAGCUUAAUGACGGACAGAACCGCGUCCACGGUGGACUAUCAGAAGCCGAGUUCUGCAUCGACUCCAAUGGUGCCAUCACUGACGGAAACGGUCGUGGAUGUAUCAUCACUGGCCCAACUACUCAGUUUCAAUGCGAUGAGGGAGCCACGCCUAUGACUGGCUGGUCUAUCAACUCCCAGGGUCAAGUUUCGUACAAAGGCGAUUCGGACUUUGUCGUGUGUGAGACUGGCCAAAAUGGCGGAUUGAAUAUCUAUACUACAGAGACUUCCGAUGUGACUGGGUGCAAGGAUUCUACUAGCGCCUCUAUUCCCUACAUCCCCGGAGCCUCCUCAAGUGCUUCUGUACCUUACGUCCCAGGACAGUCUACUAGCGCCUCUGUCCCCUAUGUUCCUGGUCCGUCCUCUAGUGCUCCCGUGGCUGGGUCCAGUGGAUCUGCUGUCACCGUUCACACGACCUUGACCUCCACCUACUGCCCCGAAUCAUCAACUGUGCCCGUUGUUCCCGUACCACCCGGAUCAAGUGUGCCAGCUGGCACUCCUGGCGUUCCUGGGACCUCUGCUACACCCGGUGUUCCCGGUACUCCCGGUACUUCUGGGACUCCCGGCGUCCCUGGAACUUCGGGUGCCCAGCCAUCUCAGACUGCCACUGGUACUCAACCAUCUGGUACUUCGACUGCGGGUGGGAGCUGCCCCACAGAUCUCUCCGGCAACUAUGAAUAUCCUCACUUGAUCAUCCCUGUCGACUCUUCUUCUCCUGAUGACGCUGCUGGCACUUCUUUUAACGGCACCAUCUCGUCUACCAUCUCGACCAUCUUCAACUUUGAUAUUCCUUCCUCUGACGCUGGAAAGACGUGCAGCCUUGUCUUCCUCUUCCCUAAGAAGGAGAACCUCGAGACUUCGUCUUACUCUUUCGGGGGUGACGGCCAGGUCGACUUCGUUUCCCUCGAAUCUGCUGCCAGCGAGUCUACCACCUAUAACAAUGCUCCAGGCGUAAAGGAAGACUAUGGUGACAUCACUAUCUCCCCCGGCAACUCCUACCUCAUCUCCACUUUCGAGUGCCCGGCUGGCCAAGCCGUCAGCUACGAGAUGAAGAACUCCGGCAGCACCGAGCUGAACUUCUUCGAGGAUUACAACCCCUCCCCCGCAUGCAUCGCCGGCUUCUACAUUCUCGAUUCUAUUGAGCCUUAUCACCAGCAUUUCUCCUUGAACAAUAUAUCUCUGAUGUACCCUUAUGCUGUCCAUGAGCGUGUACCCAUCCCAUUAGCCCUCUGUAUCUCCGGCGUUGGCCCCUUGGUCAUCAUCGCGGUCUAUACACUCGUGAUCGAUGGGUUGUUUUCUCACCACAAACCGGUGGACCCAGUCUCUGGAAAAAGGAAACUGACAGGUCCAUACCGGUUCAAGGAUCGACUAUGGGAGUUCAAUUGCGGCUUCCUCGGCCUUUUACUCUCGCAAGGGCUUGCCUUUCUUAUUACCCAGGUUUUGAAAAAUGCUUGCGGCAAACCACGGCCAGACAUCAUCGAUCGAUGCAAACCUGCGCCAGGAAGCGAAGACCCGUUUCGCGGCUUGUCGAAUUCUACGAUCUGCACGGGUGAUCCGGCGAUUAUCAAGGAUGGGUUUCGUUCUUGGCCUUCAGCUUCCUUUGCUGGACUAUUCUAUCUGACGCUGUGGCUUUGCGGGAAGCUGCAUUUCAUGGACAACCGUGGAGAGGUGUGGAAGGCGAUCAUCAUUAUAAUACCCUGCAUUGGAGCUACUCUCAUCGCAGUAAGUCGAAUUAUGGACGCGAGGCACCAUCCUUUUGAUGUAAUCACUGGCUCGCUUCUGGGCAUCGUCUGCGCCUACAUCUCGUACCGCCAGUACUUCCCGUCUAUCUCAGAGCCUUGGAAGAAGGGGCGGGCUUAUCCGAUUCGGUCAUGGGGUAGAGAUCCGGUCGCCCCAAGUGAUACCGCUCCUCUUAUGGCUGCUAGCGAGAGCACUGCUGCUCUGCGCAAUCCGGAGGAAGAGGGGCUCAAUACAACUGGCGCCCCUGAUACUAGAGACCCCACUCAAUUACGCGCCUCCAGGUAUAUGCCUCCGGCUAACAAUCCAUAUGCCACACACAUGGGCCGUGAUGAUGACGGUCACUGGUCAUCCUCAAGUGAGGAUGUCGCAAAUGGGUAUGAAAUGCAACAUGGCUACGCUCAGACACAGAACCCGGCAUACGGCGGACAGCUUCCUCGAUAUGAGGUUGACACAUCAUACCACUCCCGCAUGGAACCCACAGUCACAGGGGUCAGUGCUGCUCAUGCGCCACCGGUAACGACCGUUCGCUCUGACGGUGAGCGGGAGUUGACGGAUGUGCCUCCACGAGCAUUCUAA